UCAUACGUUCAAUGUUUACAAGACGUCCAGUUGGCAGUCCUGCAGUCGGUCUCUGGAGCGCGUGAGGAGAGGAUCAACCGACCGUCCUGCAACCCUUUUGCUCCCUGGCUUGCGUGUGUGGAGAGGGACAAGGGGGUUGCUGAUGGCUUUGAUACACCGGGGAUUUUCUUAAAAUGACCUAUUGUAGCUGUUUUCGGUAACGUGUGACGUUACAGGAAGCGUCCGAACAAAUCCCGUACUUCGAGUGAGAUGUUCCUUCGUAUUUCACACUUUCGUCGACGGAAUUUAGCUGUAGGAAAUUUGAUUUGACGUUGCUCCUGCAUGCUGAGACUAAGAUUCAAGGCGGUAUUCGCGAUAAGCAAGAUCCAGGCUGGUUUCCGGCGUGACAAGUGACGCGGGCGAGAGAGAGACGUCAUCCCCGUGUAUUUUCGUUAUGGGACACAAAGGGCGAGAACGUAAUGGUUUACGCCGUUGUUCAUCCACGUGACUCGUUCAUUGUACAAACGGGCGUUAUCGCUGCCGGUCAUUCCACGUGAGAGGGACGGAGCUGCGGGACCGACGACCGACGAGGGGGCAGUGCGACGACCUUUAUACACUGCAGCGCAGGCGGUAACCACUCGCAAUAAAAGGGAAGAUAGAGAAGGAGAGGGAAGAGGACGUGAAGCUGGAAAGCGAAGGCGCGCGGGCGGGCGGUGGGCAGCGCGGCAGAUGCGGCGUGCGUGAGGGCGGCGGAGGAGCGCCAUGGGACAGACGUACUCGGCUAUGCGGGGCUCGCAGUCGGCGGUGCUGGGCGAUGUGGUGGUGGGCCUCGAGGCGCUGGCCAUGCUCGAGUCCCCCGAGGAGCACAGCUCGACCGUCGUGCGCAUGGCCAGCCCCCAGAUCUCCGGCCUGCUCCGCAAGGGCCAGCUCUCCCCGUCGGCCAAGGGCGGCAUCGGCGGGCUCAGACAGGUCCUGGGAGUAACGGAGGAGGACGAGGAAGAAGACGAAGCAGGGGAGAGAGAAGGACCCUUUUCUUCACCAGCUCCCAGUCUCAGGAGGAUCCAGCAGAAGCGACGCGUGGAAAUCCCAGACCAGUUAGCCGACGUGGUCUACUCCGUCCUUCAUCUCCGGCUACCACCUGAAGGCCCUCUCCAACUUGCCUCUUCCUUCCCCUCUUCCUCCUUUUCCUCCAACUCCUCCUCCUCUUCCUCUUCCCACUCUUCCUCCUCCACCGAAACGCCGGCGGCGAAGGAGGCUGCCAGUGUGUGCAAAGAAGCCCAAAGGAAGGUCCUUAGAGAAGCUUUCGAAGUCGACGAGCAAACGCUGACGGAGGUUGAGAGCGAGGUCUUAGCGAGAGAGGCUCCCAAAGUGACUCUGUACAUUGACGUCUUUGAAGCUAAGGACCUGAAAUCCAAGUCGAAAGAGAACAGCCAUCCCUACUGCCUCGUGAGUGCGACGGGAAGCAGCGAGGUGUUCAAGACGCGAGCGAUCACCGGCACAGUGAAUCCGGUGUGGAAUUCCCAUUUUGAAGUGGAUAUUCCAUCUCUAAAUGAAGCAAAGCUGACUGUGGAAAUAAGACACGAACCCCAGGAAACCAGUGCAGAAAUGCGAAAUGGUGUACCUGACUUCAAGGAGAUAAAAUGCAGAGCACAAGAUAUUGCUGCUAAUAUGCGGAUGAAGAGGGCCAAAAACCUAUUUGGCACUGUGGUGGUGUCCCUCGAGGAUGUUAAAGACCAGGUUACUGAAAGCUGGCACAAUAUAGUCAAGAACAAGGAAGAGGAACUAAAUCAAAGUGCCGCGAGAGAGAGUUUUAGGUCGACCAAGAAAAGGGGGAGUCUUCGUAUUGGUCUCAGAGUAUCAGCGGUGGCACAAUUAGACCACCUUGGACCUCACUGGUAUGAUGCUCUCCUACACAAACUCAUGUACCAGCACCUUGGAUUCCUCGAUAGCCUGGAUGGCUUUGGCAGGACAAGUAUUCGUCACAGCAGGCGGAGGAAAGGUAUCCGCUGUAGCAACAGAAGCUCCAAGAGUAACAGCACAAUGAGCUCAAGCAGCAGUGAAAGUAGUGGAUCGGGAAGCAGUGUAGAGAAUGAGGUCCUGUGGCCUUCCGUCAGCCCUUGGCCCGGUACACUAAGUAAUGCCAGUCUUUCGAUAUUAAAGCAGUAUGGCACAAUGCUCAAUAUCACUCCACAGUCAAUCAUUCUGUCAUGGUGGAAAGUGACUUCAAGAUUAACUAUUGUGGACCAGUCUUUUCUAAUACAACUGUUGGCCAUUCUGCAACGACACAUUGCUGAGGGAAAUUACUCAAAUGAAGAAAUGCAGGAAGUACGAAGCACAUUACGAAUGUGGGCUUCGCUUCAGGAGGAAAAGCUGGUAUAUCUUAACAAUUUCUAUCCUGCCACAUCUAGAGUUAUAUCUUGCCAGCAACUCACCCACACUCUUCGAGGACUGAAAGAAGUAGAUUCCAAGCCAGAAACAAAAUCUCUCCAAAUAAUCCCGAAAGACAUGUCUGUAGUGGAGCUUGUGUCCAAUGCAUUGAUGACUUUUACAAAGAACUGGUGGGAAAAUGCCAUUAGGAAUCGUGGUCGCAACUCUCCUGAAGCUAGUGAAGAACAGCAGUUAGUUGCUGCAGUUGCUGUAGCUCAGGAAAUAAUUUCUUUCUUAAGAGAUGUUUGUGAUUUCUAUCAAGAUGUAUUCAUCAGAGAAUCUCAAGUAUCCUUCCUGAGACUUUCCUACACUCUCCUCACCUAUGAGCUGUCUGCUCGCGUAAGGCCCUUGAUGAUAAAGAUGUACGAGCCCAAAGAACAUGGCCAGAUUGGCUAUGAUGCGGGUGAAGGGAAUGAAACUGCAGAAAUUAAUUCUUCCACAGCUUUACAGGUUUCAAAUCCUGUUUGGCAGCUAUACAAAAGACUGGAGACCAUUGUGGAAAUUGGUGAGAACCUUCCCGAAGAGGUUCAGUUGCAGUCAGACUUGCUCGGGUACCACCAGUGGUUUGUCGGCGGUGUGAUCAGGUGGAAGGAACAUGUCUUUCAGCAGUCCAGGACCAUGAUAGCGAAAGAAGUGCAGAAGGACGAGUUCCAGUCCAGUUCGAAAAGCUAUGGUUCAGCGUCUAUCAGCUCCUCAGCUAUUGAGUUGACAUAUGUGUUUCGUAUUGUGACAACAUACUGGCAGAAGCUAGCUUGGCCAGAUGAAGCUGGGGGGAAUGGUAUUGCAAAUCAGCUUUUGCAACAAUGCUGUUCUUUAGGGGAGCUCUACACAAAAUUGGUUAUCACAAAGCUGGAAGUAAUUCUCCAAGAAAAGACAGACCCCAAACUCAUGCUCCUUUCAGCCGAGACAUGCAGAGCUCUAAACAACAUUGAAUAUGUAUGUGGAGAGAUUAAAGAGCUCCCUGGACGCUUUGCCCUUGAUAUAGAGAGGGGGAAAUAUCCUGUCGUCACCAACAGAACAUUAAAGAUGGAAGCAUCUAUCAAGAAAUUCAUAGAUAUUGUUAUUAAGAAGUUGCGGCAGACCCUGAACCAAGCAGUUAUGGAAUCGUGUGAAAUGGUUAAUGAAACACCUUUACUGAAGAAAGUUUUGGACCAGUACUUGUCUCUUCUUGAUAGCUGUUUAACCAGGCCAAAUUUUGAGAGAUUUUUGCAGAAGAUCUGGAGUGUUCUUGUUGCUAUCUUUGUUAGCAUAGUUGAGAGCAACUGUGAUAAGAAAAAUGCAGAGUUCUUCAACGGUGUCUUUACCAUCCUUGAGCGCACAUGGCAUUUCUUCACUCACUCUUCAACCGAUUCCCAAGGGCUUGAUCCGCAGCUGGCACGCACUGAGGAAUACCAGAAAUUGCUGGCUACUUUAGAGAACUUGAAGAUGCCAACAGAGGCUCUCAUUGCCAAGUACUACAGAGAGAGGUUUGAAGAGCAGAGCCAGCCUAUAGCUAGUCUGACAGCUCGACUUGUAGUUCUGGCUUACUUUACCACAACUGGUAACCUGACAGUUGAAGUCCUCAUGGCUAAUGAUAUAGUGAAACCUAAAAACUAUCACGAACCUACACAUGUCCUCCCUCUCGUAUCCUCUGGAAAGGCGCCAGAUACAUACGUUCAGGUGAAGCUUGUGCCUGGUGAGUGGUUCCCAAAUGUAAGGAAUCAAAAAACCAAGAUACAGAAGAAGAGUGAAAGUCCAGUAUAUAAGGAAUCAUUUGAAUUCCUCAUCAGCCACACUGACACUGGAACAAAGUCAGGCGGCCACCUCCUCUUUGUGCUGAAGAUGGCACAUCGCGUCCAAGCUGACUGUAUAGUAGGGGAAGCUAUUUUGCCACUGGAAGAGCUUCCCUGUGUAGAGCCAUCAGCCGUGAGAAGUGUCACUACCAAGUACCUAACUGUGAACCUGGCUAGAGAAGAGAAUGAAUAUACAGCCUUAAAGGCAUUGCAGUACAGAAUCUGGGAUAAGAAAGCAGUGUCGUUUCUCAAAGAAGGAAAGAAGAAAAGAAAAAUCAAGUUGUAGCCAGACUUGUAAUAAGGCUGAUGCACAAUACACCUCGGGAUCAGAAAUUAAAUUGGAACAAUCUUCGAUGAACCUCAUAGUAUCCAUACAUAUUCAUGAUAAAUAGGUUGAUAAGGAUAUUGCUUGUGUAAGCAAUAUUUUGUUCUGUGGUUGUUUAUGGUCAAUCAUAAAAAUUCUUUCUUCCAUUCCUCAAAAUGUUAAAUAGCAGUUAACAUAACCAUGCAGAUUCCAGUUGUACUGUGAGGCCAGUUCUAGUUCUAGUGGUGCUGUAACUAAUUUACAUAUUCAGGUGUUCUAAAUGCUUGGUUAAGAAAUAUAUUACAGUAUUUUGAUAAUAACUCCUGUGGAAAAAGCUACACUUUUUUCCCAGAAAUGUAAUGGUUUGUAUGAUUUAAUCUUCUCAUGUACUGUACUUUUUAUGAGGAAAGAGGUACAAGUUAAUAUUUCAUGCUGUCAAGUGUUAUCAUUCUUCACAGUACUUACCAAAGAAUGUCGUUGAGAAUUUUCCACAUCAAAUGUGACUUAUGUUGAUAGGUUGUCCAGCUUGUAAAGCAUCUUUUUGUGAUAUUAUAUUAAGUUCCAAAUAGUAAGAAAAUACAUAGGUACAUUGGUUAUGUUAAUACAUGAAAGAACAAAGUGAUAAAUAGGUAUUUAUUUCACCAAAAUGUUUACUGAGAAGCAUUGAGAAAGUGACUUUGAAUUACGUUUUAUGGUUUAUACAUGCCUUGCUGUUCAUAGUAUAAUGGGAGACUUACAUUAGUCUUAGAGCUACAUUUUCUAACAUUCCUUAUGCGUGUAAUUUUGAAUCAUUUGUGAUAUAUAAACAAUGCAAUACACACAGAAUGAUAAACCUUCCCUAUUUAUAAGAUUUACUGAUUUUUUUUUUUUACAACUAUUUUGUUAAAAAGAAUUUUUGUAACAACUUUGUAAGUUUUACAUUAAACAAUGUAGCAAAACUGGUGCUACUUAGAGUCAUCGUUUCUGCCAAUUAGAAACUAUUGUGCAACACUUUGAUUUGACCCUGCCUUCAUGAAUGGGGCCAAGGUCAUAUAGAAGCAAAUUCAACAAGCAAACGAUUGUGCGGAUUGCUACUGGGUUUGUUUUAGAAAUGGAAAGGAAUGGCAAGUUUACAUUUGAUGCUGCAGUGUAUCUAUGAUAGCAUAUAGUAUAAACUUUUAUAUCAACAGGGCCAUGGCUUAAAAAUAAGUACCCUUUGGCUCUAUUGUUAUUAGUACUUUGGAUUAUACGUUAUGUAAUGAUAUUUUAAGGUUGUGAAUAGAGAUUUUGAAAUGAUUUAUACUUUACCUUUGUUCAUCUUCAGGCCACCAAAAGUGUUAUAUGAUACAUGUUAGAAGGGGCAGUAUUUGUGUUUCUCAAAUCUUUUUUUAUUCUCAUAGGUUUUAUCACAUAGUUACAUUAAACUACAUAAUUAUUUUAAUUGUUAUGUAUGACUGAUUGAAUAUGAAAAUGUAAACUCAUUUAUCCAAUAAUUAAAGGACACCGGGAAAUUGAGGUUGCCUGAUGAAGGAAAAAGUAGGAUUUGCAGUUGCUUACUGCAUCCACAUUUUUUUCUUAUUUUAUAAUUUAUCAUUUGAUUUCUAUUUUAGAUAUGUUAAUAACUAACAGCCCAUAUUUAUUGCUUCUACAUGAUUUGAUAUCACUUAAUUAAAGAUUGAUCAUAUGAAAUACAUUAACAAUAAAAUGAGGCCUGUCAAUUUCAGUACAAUUUUUCAAUCAUUUUUUUUGGCAAUAGUACAUUAACACUAAUGUGGCUGUUGUGAUGGUCUUUAAAGUAUUGUAAAUGAAGACCAGGAACACCUAAAUGUGUCUUAUGACAGUUUUUGGUCAUUAGAGAUGAGGCUUCAUGUUUCACAUAUUCCAUUCCACGCUAUUAUUGUUCACCAUGGUACCUCAGAAUUCAUAAUCAUGCAUACCUGAUAAGCCAAUUUGUGGAUAAAUCAUCUGGAGACUAUGUAUACAGUGUUAGAGUGAUAUGAUUUUUGAAUAACACAUGUUAUAGUAAAGGGGUUGUUUCUGUAUAUACUGUUAAAUUGAGGACUGAUUAUAAAACUAUUUCUAAGUAACUGGUAAUGUGAUAUGUUAUUGUGUAGUUUAGAUGUAUAUAUUAUGUAUAUAUACUAUUAUGUCACACAAUCUGUAUUAUAUGGUUAUUAAGCUUUAAUUCAGAGAAGAAUUUAGAUUGGUAUUUGAAAUGGUAAUUUAGGAAUCACAUAAAUGAAAGGUAAUCAUAUUUUUUUUAUAUGAUUUAACAUUAGGGAGUUCAGAGCUGCAUAUCAAAAUUACUGACCAUGUGUCUUGCCUUGAAUAAUAGUUUUCUGAAAUUUUGAUAUUUUGCUAUGUAUUGCACCAUGAGGAUUGCCAGAUGCUUCAAUUGUGCAACUAUUAGUAUGAAAAAAUAUUUAUGAAAGUUUUCAUUGUAUAUUGUAUUGUAGAUAAUAUUCCAAUUUUAGAAUAUUUACCAAAUUCUGGCUAAAAUAUGUUUUGCAAAUGGAUAUUUUUGUUAAUUUAUUUUUGUUAAUUUUGAGAAUAUGCCAAAAAUUCAUGAAUGAUAUUUGUUAAAUUAUCAGAUUAUGCUCUUAUGGUAUCUGCUGCACAGAUAAAAAUGUGAUAAAAUCAUAAUGUUUGUUUUUUGCAUUUAUUUUACAAUUAUUACCAUUUAUUUCUUCAGUACAUAUAAAUGUAAAAAGAGCUAUAGAAAGGAUAAUAACAUAUGUUAGUAAAUAUUUUUAUAGUGUCUAGACAUUUGUACUGCUGAUUCUUACUAAUCAAAGCAAUAUCACUUAGCCUUCAAGGUAAAUAUGAAUGAUAUAAUAAUAUUUAGUAUUUACACAAAUAAACUAAACUUUAUUGGUUUUGCUUGUUGUUAAGUCCCUUAAAAAACAACAACAUACUGAAUACAAAUGCAAAAACUAACAUGUACACUCAGUUAAAAUGGAAGCAUAGUCACUAUAGAAACUGGAAAUUGUGGUGGUUUCCAUUUUAAUAAAUGUACUGCAGUAACAAAGAAGUGUAUAACCAAGUUGAUAUUAUAUACUUCUCCCUAACUUAAAGUUACAAAGAAAAUGUAUUGUGGCAUUUGAUUAUAAGAUUGAAUGUCGUUAUCCUAGGUUGAUAAAACUGUGAAAUUUAAUUUGUAAAAAAAAUAUUUUUUGUUAUUUUUACUUGUGGUAUAAAAAUACAUAUCAGAAACAGCACAAAAAAAUCUCAUUUUGAGUGGAUCCUAUUAUGUCCAAAUAGAAAUAAUGUUAGAAAUGAGAUAAUACUAACAUUGUUUGAACCAGUUUUGGUACACAUCAGUUUUCUUUUUGUAAUGAAAAGUGGUAACAAAAUUGACUAGACCACUGGAACUUAUACUUUUCUGUACUCUAUAAUACAGCAAUUGAUGGAAGAAUAUGUUUAAAGUAAACAAUACUCCAAAUAAUCUGUAUUUCAUUGUCAUGAAAAGGAACAAAAACUGGGCCUUGAUUGCAAAAUCUUUAUUUGGCAAAUAUAGUAUUCACAAUAACCAAACAAUGAAUAUUAUAAUAUUCAUAUAUUAUACAUGCUAAUCAGCUUGUAUAUUUUGCUUCCGUAACUGAGAGCCUUUCUACAAUGUGAAAAUGGUCUAUGGUACAAUGUGCCUUCAUAUUAGAGAUGCCAGCAAAUGUAACAAAAUUUGGCUAAUGAAGCUACAGUAGAACUUUGUAACAGUGUGAUAUGGCAGGCAGCAGUCUCUUGCCGUAAAGGAUUUAGCAUCUGCUCUUUAUACUCAUGUCCCUAAAACAGCAAAUAAGAUCCUAGUUAAUCAUAACAAUCUGGCUACUGUUUCAUACAUUCUUCUUGGACUUUGACAAAAAAAAAAGAAGAAAAAAAAAAGAAGAGUUGUAUUUUAACAAAUUAAAUAAACAUUAAUUGUCCACAACCCAGGCACCUUCAGUUGAAACCUUUGGCUUUGCUGAUUAAUAACUUGUAUAACAACUUAUCCCUAUAUUUUAAAAAAACUUUUAUGUGCCAUGAGCAAAAUUUGGAAGCAAUUUUCUUUCCUUCUUUCACAUUUGACAAAACUUCACUGAAAGCAUGUUAUAUAAUACUAAAAUGAAUAACAAUAUAACAGGAUAACAACAAUAGCUAGGCAACUAAAUUAACAAUUUUCUCUACAAUAUCUUAAAGCAACUAAAUCUUCCGUGGUAUUCUGAAAAUAUAUUGAUAAUAUACGGACCUGAUCAUAAAUGAAUACACCAUGAAUAACCUAUAUUACUCAACAUAUUGUCAUAAUUUCUUUUCUCGAUAUCGUUAACCAUUUCAGGUUGUAUUUUUAUAUUUUAACUGCAUGAAGAACAAUCCAUUUGUAAAGACCUGCUUAUAAAAUUUAACAACAGAUGUGAUUUGUAAGAGUGACCUAGUUUUGGGUACAUUCCCAAGAUCCUUGACCACCAGUUCACUAACUGAAAAAAACGUCCAUAUAUACAGAUAUGAAAAUCUCAAUAACCCACAAGGGUCGACGUAAUUCUUUAUAUCAAUACAUAACAAUAGAAGCAAGGGGAAGGGCUGCACACAUUGGAAAACAAAGUCUACCUUCUUUAUACAUUGCUGUUGAUUUGGUUAAGAAAUGGAACAAUUUAAUUUAGUGAAUAUGAAAUAUAUUUAAUUUGUUUUUAAAACUUUUGGACACACAAUAUGAUACAUGUUGAUCUUCUGCUU